AUGCCAAAAAUUCAGAGUAUGGCAAAAAAUAUGGUGAAGUCCAUAGAUUUGUUUCCAAGGCCUAUUAGCCUGACUUAUCAAGGCAAAGAAAACUUCAAGUCUCUGUAUGGAGGAAUAGUUAGUACUUUCCUCAUAGCUUUACUUAUUUCAUACGGAAUUCUGAUUGCAAUUCCUAUGCUCAAGCAUACUGCUUCUAGUAAAGCAAAAUAACCAUGUGUUGAGGGACCAAAGUAGUGAGGUUGACAAGUACCAAACCACAGAGAAGGAUUUCUCAUUCGUUGUGCAAAUAGUGAAUUCUGAAACCAGAAUAGCACUAACAGAUCCAAGCUAUUUCAACAUUUCUAUUUCUCAAUCUGAUUUCAGCUUUAACAAAACAAUUGCUCAAUUCCAGGAGACUAAUAUAGAGAAAGAGAUCUCUAUCUGAGGAGAGAAAUUCCCAAAGGUAAACGAAUAUAUUGACGAGACUUCAUCUAUCCUCAAAGGGAUCAGUUAUUGCCCACAUGAUUACGACUUUUUAGUUGCAGGUGAUGUCUUUGCAAGUGUUAGCCAGAGCAUUAAGAUCACUGUAAGCCGGUGAGUAAAUGGAACCUCGAUUAUUUGUAAGAGCAUGAAAGAGAUUAACGAGAAGGCUUCUUUAAUGUCUGUAAAUGUGCUGUUUAUUUCACAAUAUUUUGACUCAGAUAACUAUAAAACUCCAAUUAAGAGUUUCUUAGAUAAUAGGUACUCGUUGAAAAUGGCAGCUGGAUUCAAGAAAACAUCAAAUUUAUUCCUGAGGAAAAGCAAAACAUCUAGAACUGAUUCAAUAUUCCCCUUCGCUGGUGAUGGAGAAGAUGAGUUUUACUCUGUUGGAAAUUCUCAAUUUGAUUUUGGAGUUGAGCAAGAAAGUGAAAAUAUACUUGCUAAAUAUACAAUUUAUCAAGACAGAGUCCAGGAUGUAUAUGAGAGAAGAGUAUAUUCUUUACUGGACUUCUUUGGUCAGCUUGGAGGAUUCUUUGAGAUACUUACUCUAGCAGGAACCUUUCUUGUGCAUUAUUUUGCAGAUAAAAUUUACAGAUACUCUUUGUUUACUGAGCUGUAUUGAGUUGAUUCUGAUGAAAUUGAACUGAGAAAAGUAAAUUCAAAAGUUGCAUCGAAAUCACCAAAGCAUUUGAAUUAUACAAGAGAAAUAUCUAAAACUAAACAUGAUACAAACAAUAAUGAUAAAGAUAAAAGUGAAAUCAAAGAGAGAGCUUCUAGGAAUUAUAGGAAGCAUAGUUUAAAAUAACGCCAGUGUUGUAGAUAAAGUUAAAUCUAAGAUUAUCUCCAAGAGUCGCUUUCAUUACACUGCUAAUGACUACUUUAAAUCCUGUCUUCCCUUCAUCAAAAGCAACACCAGCCGUCAAUUCGACUUUCUCAAUCAUAGACUUAGUCAAGAAUGAGACUUGCCAUCUAUACUCUGUGCCAUUCGUCAACUCAGAAGGCUGGUUAGCUCUACUCUGAGCAACCACCAGCGCUUGAUGCUGAGCUUUUGAUCCCAAAACAGUAUGUUUUCCAAACCAGAAGACUCUCAGCCGCUGCAGCCAGCUGAUUUCGCUGUUGCAGGUCAACCCAAUUCAAGUAAAGUGAAGGCAGUCAUCGAAACAUUGGAAACAAUGAUAGAAAAUAUGGAAGAGCAACAACUUCAGAGAGAUGCUGAGACAAUUUUGGGGAUCACCAUUAGUUCUUCGAACAAUACAGAUGAAGAAAGAGUAUCAAUUAUUAAAGAAGGAGAAAAUUCUAAUAUAGGCCUAGUUGAUCAGGAAGAAGACAGAAAAGACAAUUGAGAAGAUUUUGUUUGACAAUAUGUUGAUCCGUAA